AUGCCACUUUUUAGCUGGGUGAAAUGGCCAAAAAAUUAUUCCUACAAACAAACGCGCCAUGCUGGCUCUGAGGUGGUGACAAAGACUCUGCUUCGGGAGUUGAAGUGGCACCUGAAGGAGCAGGAGAGAUUAACACAUGAGAUCGACAGUGAGCAGGAAGUGGGAAAGACAGGUGUGGACUACAGCUGGUUGCGAAGCUACCAGACUCCUCACACCAUCCCAGCUACGGAACAAAGACAACUGGAAGUUCUUUGCUCCCAAGUACAACCCUGUCAAACCGGAACUGUUCUCAGCAGAUUUCGAGAACUUUUGGCAGAAAAUGAUGUACUUCCCUGGGAAGUUGUCUACAUCUUCAAGCAAGUUCUGAAAGACUGUCUCAGCAGUCCUGACAGAGGGGGUCACAAGGCCGGCCUGGGGGACUCUGACAUCACCUGUCCCCCUACCCCUGCACUCCCAGGUGAAAGCUCUGAGAGACCAGACAAAGAUGAGAUACCCACGAUUUCAAGUUAUGUGGACAGAAAUGCCAAGGACAGGCUCCCACCGUGUUCACACAGAGUAUGGAACCUGCCAUACUAUUACCCACCCAGCUAA